GGAGGUGAGGGCCUGAGCGUCCUCAAGCCGCCGCAGUAGUAGUAGUAGUUCGCCAUGGGUCUCCUGGGCGAGGUGACGCGAGGCCUAGUCCGGGGCGCCGACCGCAUGUCGGCCUGGACGAGCAAGCGGGGCCCGCGGACCUUCUUCAAGAGCCGCGGCUGCAAAGUCUUCGGCUCCAUCACGUCGAGCCGCAAGUUCGUCCUGGUGAAGGACCAAGUGCCGGUGCUGAUGGUGCCGGAUCUGACGGGCUUCAAGCUGAAGGCCUACGUCUCCUACCGGGCGCCCGCGGGCAGCGAGCCCCCCCUGACCGCCCGCUCCCUCUUCCAGCAGACCGCCGCGCCUCUGAUCGAGAAGGACGUCAAGGAAGGCACCUUCGACCCCGACGCCCUGCAGAAGUACGGCUUCGAGAGCAGCCAGGAGGGGAAGCUUUUCAGGCUCUUCCCCAAGAACUUUGUGCGCUAGCGGGUGGAAGGAAGGAAAGGAAAGGAAAAAAGGAGAAAAAAAAGGAAGGAAUGAAAGAGAAGAAAGAAAAAGGAAAGAAAAGAAAGAAAAAGGAAGGAAGGAAAAGAAAAGAGACACACACACACCCAGUGGAGACAAAUUUGCCCCCCCCUUCCCAGGACUGCAGCUUUAUUGAAGCCUUUCAAAUACAGGAUCGAAAGCAGAGACAAAAAGACAAUUUAUUGAAAGCAGAGGAAAAAGACACAAUUUCCUGGAAGAAGAGGGAGGAAAAAAGGACAAUUUAUUGAAAGAAGAGGAAAAAGACACAAUUUCCUGGAAGAAGAGGGAGGAAAAAAGGACAAUUUCCUGGAAGAAGAGGAAAAAGACACAAUUUCCUGGAAGAAGAGGGAGGAAAAAAGGACAAUUUCCUGGAAGAAGAGG